AUGGGCGACGGCGACAAAGGUCCCGCCCGUGAUUGGCCCCCCCCGGCCCGUGACCUGCAAACACUUUUUUUUUGGCCAACUUGGUUCCAGCACGCCAAACCUUGCUUCUUCAAUUCCGGACCACGACCAUCGAUAUCCACGCCUCUCGUCCCCGUCCCAUCUCCUCUUCCCCCUCAGCCCGUCGUCUUUCUCUUCUCCCCUUUCCUCAUCCCCGCCGCACGCUCCGCUCCCGCCGCCCGACGCGAGCUUGGACCGUGGGAGAUCCGCCCGGCCACGACGCACGACGCCCACGCUGCCCUCGACGGCUCCGUCCACCUCGCCCCAUCCUCCAUCAGUCCUCCUCUCCAUCGUCCGGCACCCCAAGGGGCCUUGGCCAACGCCCUUGGUUUCGUUCCGGUCCGUCUUCUUCCCCGGCCCAUCGUCCGCCUUCGGCCGUCGGCCGUCCCGCCCACCGUCGCCGCCGCAUGGUCCGGCUGCCCUCGAGCACGCUGUCGUCACCGACGCCCCGUCCGUCCGCCGUCCGUCCAUCGUGCCCACGCCCGCGCCUGCGUCUAG